AUGCUGGAGGCGCGCCUGCUGCAGGGCAGCCUGCUGAAGAAGACUGUAGAUGCGGUCAAGGAUCUCGUGAAUGAGGGCAACUUUGAAUGCAGCGCGGCGGGCAUCCAGCUGCAGGCCAUGGACACGAGCCACGUGUGCCUGGUCACGCUGAUGCUGCGGCAGGACGGCUUUGAGCACUACCGCUGCGACCGAAACCGCACGCUGGGGAUCAGCAUCGCCAACCUGGCAAAGGUGCUGAAGUGCGCAGGUAACGAUGACGUCAUCACCCUGAGGGCCCAGGACGACAGUGACAGUGUCACCCUGAUUUUCGAGAGCCCCAAGGCGGACCGCAUCUCAGACUUUGACCUGAAGCUGAUGGACAUUGACAGCGAACACCUGGGCAUCCCCGAGACAGAGUACAGCGUCGACGUGCGCAUGCCCAGCAGCGACUUCAGCCGCAUCUGCAAGGACCUGGCCACCAUCGGCGACACUGUGGUGGUCAGCGCCACCAAGGAGGGCAUCAAGUUCAGCGCCAGCGGGGACGUGGGCACGGGCAACAUCACCUGCAAGCACAAUGCCUCCGUGGACAAGCCCGACCAGGCCACCUACAUCGACAUAACAGAGCCCGUCUCGCUGUCCUUCGCGCUGCGCUACCUCAACUCCUUCGCCAAGGCGGCGCCGCUGGCGGCGUCCGUCAAGCUGUGCAUGAGCGCGGACCUGCCCGUGCUCGUGGACUACAGGAUCGAGGACAUCGGGUGGGUGAGAUUCUAUCUGGCGCCGAAGAUAGAUGACGAGGAAAUGGACGUGGGCGGCGGCGGGGCUGAGGAAGACGACAACGAAUGA